UCUCCUUUUUUUGGUUAAUACACAAAAAAAAAAAAAAAAAUUCAAAAUGGGAUUUUUGUCUGUGAAAUUGCUUUUGAUAUCCUCAGUUUUUAAUGCAAUAUUCAUUUUCUGUUCUAGCUCCUCCAUGCAACUAAACCAUCCCUUAACCACGAGACUUGGGGGGGAUGAGACGGAUAGGCUGGCACUGCUAGCAAUCAAAGCUCAAAUAAAACACGAUCCCAACCAGGUCACAAGCUCAUGGAAUGAAUCCCUUCAUUUUUGCCUGUGGCACGGCAUCACCUGCAGUCGACGACAUCGCCAAAGGGUGACGAAGCUGGAGCUGCUCUCUCUAGCUUUGGGGGGAUCCAUAUCUCCACACAUAGGAAAUCUAAGCUUCUUAAGAGUGCUAAAUCUCGAGAACAAUAGCUUCACUCAUCAAAUCCCUCCUCAAAUUGGGCAUUUGCAUAGAUUGCAGGUAUUGCGUCUAAAGGAAAACUCACUUACUGGCACCAUUCCUGCCAAUAUAUCAAAUUGCUUCAAACUCAGCACUCUCCAUCUUGGUCACAACAAUCUAGUGGGUAAAAUUCCUCCCAAACUGAGUUCUUUGUCAAAGCUUCAGUUAUUUUCUUUGCAAUUGAACAAUUUAACAGGAGAGAUCCCUCCUUCUUUGGGAAACCUUUCAUCUAUGGAGAAAUUUGGUUUAGGUCCUAACUACUUAGAAGGAAGCAUCCCUAGUUCUCUAUGCCAGUUGAAAAAAUUAACAGUAUUCUUAUUGUCCGUAAAUAGGUUGUCUGGCAUCAUCCCUUCCUGCAUUUAUAACCUCUCUGGUAUAGUUGAGUUUGACGUAAUACAAAACCAAAUUCAUGGAAGUCUUCCAUCAAAUUUGAACCAUGCUUUUACCAACCUUCAAUUCUUUUCCAUUAGUUUUAAUCAAUUUACUGGUACCAUCCCUUCGUCAAUAUCCAAUGCGACAAAUCUUAUGACGUUUCAAUGUAGUUCUAACAUACUCACUGGACAUGUGCCAAAUUUACGAAAUCAUCAUAACCUUGUGACAUUCAACGUCGCCAAUAAUAAUCUUGGAAGCGGUAAACUAGGUGACUUGAGUUUUGUCUCAGACUUGAUCAAUGCCACACAGCUGACAACGUUGGAUUACGGCUACAACAAAUUUGGAGGAACAUUUCCAACAUCAAUAUUCAAUCUCUCAACCAAUCUCCAAAAGCUUGCAAUUGGAGGAAACUACCUACAUGGAAGCAUCCCAACUGGGUUAGGGAAUCUUGGGAACUUGCUAGUACUCGGUAUGGAGAAAAACAACUUCAUAGGUAGCAUCCCCGCUGACAUUGGGAAAGUUUUAAGGCUUGGGUUAAUUUCUUUUUAUAGCAACAAAUUAUCAGGGAGCAUUCCAUCUUCUCUUGGAAAUUUAACAAUGUUAAACAGUCUUGACUUGGAUAGAAAUAAUCUCAAUGGCAGCAUCCCUUCAAGCCUAGGAGAAUGUCACGGGUUGCAAGAGUUGGAUCUUUCUGAAAACAGCUUAGAAGGCAAAAUACCUCAACAAUUACUUAAUGGUCUCCUCUCUUUAUCAAUUUCUUUGAACUUGUCAACAAACCACUUUACUGGUUCCCUUCCCGUUGAGAUUGGAAAGUUGAAGGCUCUAGGUAAGCUAGACAUUUCUAACAACAUGUUAUCUGGAGAACUCCCUAGUAGCCUCGGUAGUUGUCAAAGUUUAGAAGUCCUACACUUGCAAGGCAACUUCUUCAACGGGCUCAUCCCUUCAUCUAUGAAGGAAUUGAGAGGGAUUCAAGAUUUAGACCUUUCUCGCAACAAUUUCUCUGGAGAUAUUCCACAGUUCUUCGAGGGCUUUCGAAACUUGGAGAAUCUCAAUCUAUCCUUCAAUCAAUUUUGGGGAGCAGUACCAAUUGAUGGUGUUUUUAAGAAUGCAAGUGCGACUUCAGUUGCUGGAAACACCAGACUCUGUGGCGGUAUUGCUAACCUUCGACUUCCUGUGUGUAAGUCCCAUGGAGGAGGAUUGUCCCGUGAAAUGAAACUAAUGAUCUCUUUGGUCUCUGGGUUCACACUUUUGGGAUUGGCUAUGGUGCUGUCUUUUUUCCUUCUUUGUAAGAAAAUGAAAGAAACUAAAUUAAGCACUUUGGAGAACUCUAUUUUGCAAGUUUCAUACGCUACACUCUUGAAAGCUACUGAUGGUUUUUCUUCAACUAAUUUGAUUGGUGUGGGUGCUUUUGGGUCUGUGUACAAAGGAAUUCUUGUUGAUGAUAGAGUUGUCGCUGUGAAGGUACUUAACAUGUUACACCAAGGAGCAUCUAAGAGUUUCAUGGCUGAAUGUAAGGCUUUGAGAAAUAUCAGGCAUCGAAAUCUGGCCAAGAUCUUAACUGUAUGUUCAAGUAAUGAUUUCAGCGGCAAUGAUUUUAGGGCUCUUGUUUACGAGUUCAUGGACAACGGGAGCUUAGAUGAGUGGUUGCAUCCAUCCACUAGAAAUGAAGAGGUGAUAGAAGCACCCAAAAGUUUAAGCCUUGUUCAGAGGCUCAACAUUGCCAUUGAGGUUGCUUGUGCAUUGGAUUAUCUUCACAACCACUGUGAAACACCAAUAGUUCAUUGUGAUCUCAAGCCAAGUAAUGUUCUUUUGGACAAUGACCUGACUGGACAUGUUUCUGACUUUGGGCUUUCAAGGUUUCUCUCGGAACCAACCAAUAAUGUUUCUAUAAAUCAAUCAAGCUCCAUCGGAAUCAAAGGAUCUGUUGGUUAUGCUGCUCCAGAGUAUGGUAUGGGAAGUGGAGUGUCGACAUAUGGGGAUGUCUACAGCUUUGGCAUUCUCUUGUUAGAAAUGUUUACAGGGAAGAGACCCACUGAUCCCAUGUUCAGUGACGGCUUGAAUCUUCAUUAUUUUGUGAAGACAGCUCUCCCUGAAGGUGUUGCAGACAUUGCAGAUUUGCUUGUUCUUCAAGGACGCAAUAUAAACGUCGAAGAAGCCCACACACAGAGUAUGAGAGAACAAAAAAUUGAUGGGUGCUUGACUUUGAUAUUUGAAAUUGGAAUUGCCUGUUCUGCCGAAUCCCCAACAAACCGAAAGGAUAUUAGUGAUGUUGCAUCUGAAUUGCACGCAAUUAGGGAGGAUGAUGAACAGAAUCGUUGUGCCUUGAAGAACAGGUCAGAAUCCUCUAAAUGAUUCCAGCCUUGGAGGCCAAGUCUACUUGAUGCCUAAGCUUAGCCUCUGUAAUCUCUUUGUAAAUCUGUGUUUAAUACUUUCCGUACUACAUGUAUCUGGUGUAAUAUAAAUAAGCAAUACAAUUGAUCCUCUCUGUGUGAGGUUUUCCACAAACUCUCUGUUCUCUCUGUUAUCUUUCAUGGUAUCAGAGCCACAAAGCUAAACAGCACCCUUUUUUUUUUUUUUUUCUCUUUCUGUUAUCUU